ACCGCCCAUCACACACCCCAGCACACCAGCCCAGGAAACUUAUAACCUCGGGAGGCAGGGCCCUCCCCUCACUGUGGCCGCAUACCUCCCGAAGAGCGGACCGACCAGCAGCCAGCUCCAUCGCUCAGGGCAUCUGCCUCAGUCUCCGGAUCCUCCAGAACUCUCUGCUCCCGAACCACCAAACAGCCAAGAUGCUGGUGUUACUGGCUGGGAUCUUUGUGGUGCACAUCGCUGCUGCUAUAAUGCUCUUCGUCUCUACCAUCUCCAACGUCUGGAUGGUUUCAAAUGACGUAGCAUCCUCCGUGGGACUUUGGAAGAACUGUACUAGUGGUGAUUGCAAGGACACCCUGACAUACGGCAAUGAAGAUGCUCUCAAGGCAGUGCAAGCCUUCAUGAUCCUCUCCAUCAUCUUCUGUGUGAUCUCCCUUGUGGUCUUCGUGUUCCAGCUCUUCACCAUGGAGAAGGGAAACCGCUUCUUCCUCUCAGGGUCCACCAUGUUGGUGUGCUGGUUUUGCAUCCUGGUCGGAGUGUCCAUCUACACUCACCAUUAUGCCCACGGUGAGAAAUUUACCCCCACAAACCACCAUGGCUACUGUUUCAUCCUGACCUGGAUUUGCUUCUGCUUCACUUUUAUUAUUGGCAUUCUCUACAUGGUCCUGAGGAAGAAAUAAGAUGAACAAGCUUAUGGGGACUUGGUGGGGUGGGCGUGGGGAGGAGGAAGCGGCUUAAUCUGGGAGGGAAGCAGAAGUUAUUGUGUAGGAAUAACCAAGGGAAGGGAGGGGGGAGGGGAAGAGGGAAGGAAAAGUGGGGGAGAGGCCCAAACCCAAACCAUUUCUGGGGGUGGGAUUCUCUACUGCCAAGCACCUGCCCUUGGAAGAAAAGUUGUUGGCUACUAUGCUGAUGCUUCCUUGAAGCCAUCAGAGGGUCCUCCUCUAGCCACCAAAUAUGAGCCCCUCUGUCCUCAGUUACACAGCACCACUUAGGACCUUAUCAGCUGCCAUAGGACUGGACGACUGGUUCCACUCUUGAGGGAAACUUCUGGGCCACUCACCGAGGUCUUCCAAACCUAUAUCACCAAGCUCCAACAGUGGUCCAAGUCCCGGCAAGAGCAGAUACUGCUUCUUUGCUGGGAAGGCUAAGACUGGAGGCCACCCGUCCUGCAACCUAAAGCCAAACACCAAAUUCAGAUUCCAAGUGCCUUUAGUGGGGGGAGGGGUAGCGGGGGCUUUGGCCAUGAUGCCACUUCCCCUAUCUGGUGGCCUUUCUGAAAAGACUAGAAAGAGGUGGUUUAUAAGGCAAGCUGGUGGGAUUGGCUUAAUCAAGAACUAGAAGUUUUUACCCUGGAGGACUGGGAGAUAGGCUGAGAUUGGCAGAGUCUCUGUCACACCUCACUGAGAUGUCCCUUAUAGAGGCCUCCUGCUCUGGACUCUGAUGGACUCUCACUAAAAGCUAAGGCAGCUUUUCUGGAGUUUCUCUAGAUUCUCUAGAGCCAAAGAUGAAAAUGCCCCACAAACUGUAGGGUCAAAGGGCACACCCACCACAGUGCUAUAGUAAGGUGGUUUUUAGGAGUCCCCCUAAUGCACACAGUGUUUCUUGUAAAUGUAACAGGUGAGGGAUACACACAGCCCCUUACCAUAUGACUCUGCUAAGCUUCUGAAUUAGGGACCUUUGAGGAAGUUCUCUCUCACAAUAACCAACACUGGGGACCAGAACAGAACGGCUAAGUUCAGUGGUCACUAUAGCUUUGACCCUGGCUGGAGUGGUCCCCUCUCCAUAGGUUUCCCCAAACUGUUUUCUAGAUGAAGAUGGCAAUUCUAGAAGUCAAUCAAAGCAUACACCAACCUAAACCAAAGAACAAGCCCUGAGGCAGGGUGGGGGAGGUGCUGUCUGGUUAUGGAGUGUUAAGCAUACUACAUUUCAGUUAUAAUAAGAACAGAGUAACUGCUCUCAGGAAACACAAAUUUUAAACAUCAUGAGCUGAGUAAAGUCCAGAUGAUGGGCAGACAGUUCCUUUUUAAAGGCAAGAGAAAUUCUUGGGGUGUCUAGUCAGAAGGCAGCAGAAUUGUUGGGGCCACAAGAGUACUCUUACAUAAGACUGAGACGUAGUGUCAUAGUCCUGGUUCAGGGGCCAGAGCUCUAUCUACAGCAGCUAUGUUAAGCCAUCUCAGAUUUCUGCCUACAGGGCUUUCUCUUUAGAAAUUGUUUCCUUUAUUGCCCUUGGAAGAUCACCCCUAGGAGGAGUCUGAGACAUGUCACCUCCAUUCCUUUUCCUAGGGUUAUCCUUAUCCAUUUCUUAUACACAUUUCCUUACUGGGGGGAGUUGUUAUGCUAUAAUUGCUGGUAUUUAUGUAAAGGAACUAUUACUAAGUAUAUUUCUCUAUGUGUAUUAUGUUUAAGGGAAUGUUGAAGGUGGGUUACUAAAUUGCUGGGCUGAGGGUAGAGACAUUGGUCAGGAAAAACUGUGGGAUAAUAAACUCUUAAAUUACAAUUUGAUCACCAUACGCUUGUUCAAGGCUGUCUUAGGUUCAGAAGGAUAUCAACAGACAGCUGUGAUCAGAAAAACAUAGCCACAUUUUGUGAAAAAGUUGAAUUUUGAUUGAUGUGAGCCAUGCAUUUCCUUGUCUUUUACCUUUUUCUGUGACAUUUACGUCUCAUGUAACUUGCAUUGCAUUGGUGGGCUAUUCUAGUACUGUAUUUGGCUUCUUAAUAGAUUAUUUCAUAUACUAUAACUGUAAAUAUUUUGAUACAUAUGUUUAUAACUCUAGGGAUAUAAAAACAAAUUCUGAUUCCCUA